AUGCCGCACAAAUCAGGAGAACACUUUGCUGUGUUUCGAGGUUUGGAUGGGGAACCACAUGUCCUGGACGCUUACUGCCCACACCUUGGCGCCAACCUUGCGAUCGGUGGCCGUGUGGUGGACAACUGCAUCGAGUGUCCCUUCCAUGGCUGGAUUUUUUCCGGAAAGGACGGGCGCUGCGUCAAGAUCCCAUAUGCCAACAAAGUGCCUGAAUUUGCAACUACCAAAGUUUGGCCAUCAUGUGAAGUGAACGACAUGAUCAUGGUGUGGUACCACUGCGAUGGCAUGAGCCCAGCAUGGCAAGUCACCGAGCAGGAAGGGGCAUCAUCCCCUGACUGGACCUUCCGGGCUGCCACGGAGCACUUUGUCAGCACGCACAUCGAGGAAGUUCCAGAGAAUGCUGCCGAUGUAGGCCACCUUAUCUUUCUCCAUAAACCCUCAAUCAUGAUUGGAAGUGACCUGCGCUUCACAGGCAAUCACCGCUGGGCAUUUUUCAAGCACACCUGGGAGGCGGAGUGGCAGCCCGAGCCGGAGCCCAACAGACACUGCUCAGUCCUGCUUCUGACGCACCACGUGCUGCUCUUUGGCAAACACAUUGCCUGCCUCGAUCUGCAUGUUAAGGCCACACAGGUCGGUCCUGGGAUAGUUAUGAUGGCCCUGAGCCAUGCCAUCUUUGGCAAGGGGCUGAUCGUUCAGUCCGUCACGCCUCUUGAGCCACUUCUGCAACACGUGGUCCACCAGAUCUACUCCCCACGCAAGACACUCUCCCUCUUUGCCAAGCUGAUAAUGUGGGCCGAGCAGAUCCAGUUUGAGCGGGACCUGAUGAUCUGGAAUAACAAGAAGUUCCUUCCCAAUCCGCUCCUGGUGAAGGAAGAUGCCGCCAUCCUGAGGCACCGGCGCUGGUUCUCCCAGUUCUACAGCCAGAACAGCCGAAAACACAAUGUCCAGGCGGGACAGCUGGAUUGGUGAUGGCCCCACUAGUCUUAAGGACCCCCCCAAUACUACUACUCCACUUGCAGAGUCCACAAACUCUUGCGUGUGGGAGGAGGGAGGGGUGAAUCUUGCUUUUGGGAGCAAAAGAGGUUCCUGGGCCAGAGGAGGGAUGGAUGUGAAUUUGGCUCAUGUCCUACUCUGGAA